AUGACAGCUCAUCUCAGAGGAAUGCACAAGAUGAGGCAUGUAACUGAGGUAACUAAAGCCCCUAGUGAAGAUGAUGUUGAUGCAUACACUAAAUGGGAAGAUGAUGAUGGUCUUGUAAUGUCUGUAUUAUACAAAGUUAUGAAUGAGGAUAUAGUUGACUUGGUGGAGUUCCAAGACAUUUUUUAUGUGGGGUUUGAAGACAAACCCAACGGAGAAAAACUCCACAAUGCUCCACGGUGGUACACCAUUGCAUACCGAAGCAGAUGGGCUAGUUUAGAAACCGAGUAUCAGGGUAUCCCCACGACCGAAGAAGCUGAGCUUCGUGAGGAAUGCAGGGAGUGGGGCAUGCUUGGAUUGCGUUCUGUGGAAGAAAUGCGUCAACAGCUUCGUGAUUGGUUGGAUUUGUCUCUUAGUCACUCCAUGCCAUCCUCACUUUUGAUCCUCUCCAGGGCCUUCUAUGUGUCUGGGAAAUUGAAGCCAGAGGAAGCUGUUCGUGCUACGCUCACUUCUAUGCCAGAUGAAGUGGUGGAUACAAUUAAUGUUACAUCAUUGCCAUCUGAGGAUUCUGUUUCUGAAAGGAGGAGGAAAUUGGAGUUCUUAGAGAUGCAGGAAGAAAUGAUCAAGGAGGAGGAAGAGCGGGAGGAAGAAGAGCAACGCAGAACUAGGGAAUCUAAAGAUAGUCAGGAAGAUGUGGCAUUGAAAGAGAUGACUAUUCCAACAACAAGAGAAGCACAAGAACAAGCCAGAGAAAGGACACUGGAAAAACAAGAGCAGCUCUGUGAACUAAGUCGUGCUUUGGCUGUUUUAGCUUCUGCUUCUUCAGUGAGUACAGAGCGUGAAGAAUUCCUGAGGCUCGUAAGCAAGGAGAUUGAACUUUACAAUAGCAUUGUGGAGAAGGAUGGUACAGAUGGUGAAAAGGAUGCCUUCAGGGCUUAUAGAGCUGCUCGAGAUGAAAUUGAUACUGCUGGUGUUGAAGAUGAAGCUGAUCAUGUUUCAUCAGCACUCAUAGAUAAGGUUGAUUCAAUGCUUCAAAAUCUGGAAAAGGAAAUAGAUGAUGUGGAUGCACAAAUUGGUGAUCGAUACCAACUGCUCGACAGGGAUUUUGAUGGGAAAGUAACUGCUGAGGAGGUCGCAGCUGCUGCAAACUAUCUGAAGAAUACUUUAGGCAAGGAGGGUGUCCAAGAACUUAUAGGCAAUCUCUCGAAAGACAGAGCCAUAACUUUGCCUUUCGGUGAUGGAUUUGAGCGUGAUUGUUACCGUUGA